UUUUAAUUUAACCACGUUAUUAACGUUGCUUUGACUGAGGAAGUUUGUAAACAAGAACCCUUGUGUGAGAAGUGCAGCCGAUUGGUUUGUUAGGAACAAUUCGACAUUGCCUAUUAAAAUAAUUUAAACAUUUAUUACGGCAACACUGCCAACAUAUAAUCCACACCAGUUAUCAUAUGUUCCACAAUCCUUCCAUUUUUUGACGUUUCGACGAACGUGAAAGUGAAAUCAAAACAUCUGCAUUUUCGAUUGUGAGUGAUGGAUUGUGAUGAAAUUGAAAAAAGCAUAGCAAAUAAAAUUUGAUUGUAAUAAUGAAACCAGACAUCAUUGAUCGUGCUUAGUUUAUAAGGGAGUUCAUCAUAAAUAGUCGCUCUUUAAGGAAAGGACUAGUACGCCAGUGUCUUAGUAUACACCAUGAAGAAGCUUACGGGGACGUUCCGGAGUACCCAGUGGGAUCCGUACCUGUUGAUAGCGCAAAUUGUGGCAUUGCAAGCCCUUCUCUACGUCAGUCUUGGCACGAUCAUGUUUGUGAUGGAUCUUUUUGCCGAGGCGAAUCACACACUGGACCACCUCUUCGAGUAUCACGAAAUUCACGUCACCGACAUUGGUGGACGGUUGGUAAUAUUCGCAUUCGUACUCAACUCCUUGUGCGGUUCGGGUCUGCUGUGGUUCAUAGUGCGCCGCACCAAGCUCUGUCUGGAUUUCAGCGUGACGUUCCACUUCAUCCAUCUGGUGGUUUGCUGGUGGUACAACAGCGCGUUUCCCUCGACCAUCAGCUGGUGGAUGCUGAAUGCGGUUUGUACGGCGCUGAUGUGCGUGUGCGGUGAGUUUUUGUGUCUGAAAACAGAACUGCGAGAGAUUCCCGUUGGAUACUCUGCCCUCAACAACAAAGUUGAUCUGUAAAGUCUGAUACCUAAUCGCUUUCAGUACGAGAAUUCUUUGAGUGUGAAUGUGGAGUGGAUUUAUAAGGGACGUAGUAGUAUGCAUGAGUCAUUGCUGUUAAUAUUUUGUGAUUUAUAAUUCAUGUAAAUACACUUUCAAAUAGUCGAUUUGUUCAACUUUUAACAAAGUUGAAUCAAAUAGGACAUAAUUAGUUCAGUAGGAAACCCAUCUCACCUGUUUUAUCAACUGUUUUAAAAAAGCAGUUUUAAUUUAUGUUUGCAGUCUUUUUUAAAACACUAAAUUUCAAGAAAACGCAAUUUGUUCAUACCUAAUAGUAGCUUUUUAUAAAUAGGAAUAAAAGAAAUCCAAAUGCAAA